UUUAUUAUUAUUCAUGUUAAUAGGAUAAAAAAUGAUUUCAAUUAAAAUGAUAUUAUUAUUCCACAUUCAUUUAACGCUUGGUGUAUCUUUUACAAAUAUUCAGUGUAACUUUAUCAUGUAUAUGUUAAAUGUUUUUAAUCAUAAUAAUCGAUAUUUAGUUGAAAUAAGUGAAAACAAAGAGAAAUAUGAUGUGCAUAGUUUAAAUAAGUAUGGCAACGCAAUAAAAAAUCAUGGCGAAAUCGUACUAGUAAUGUUAGAUGUUUUAAGGAAUACUAAUAAAAAUAUAUACUCGACAGAAUUGAUGUCGGUCAAUUUUUACUUAAAUAACGUAUCCGAAUAUGUAGAUUUUUAUGCAAAAAAUAAUGACGGAAUAUAUGAUUUUUCCGAUCAAACUUUAAGUAUCCUUAAAGGUUACAAAAUGUUUCAUGAAUUUUUUUUAGAACAGUUUAAGAAGACGAUAUUAAAAUUUUGCAAAAAUGUGAUUUAUGAUCAAAUAUUUAUUUAUUGUCCUGAUUACAACGAAUCAGGAGAAUAUACUCCCGAAAAUUUUCAAUAUGUUGCAAAAAAACUUAAAAAUCGAUUAAUACAAACUGAUAAACUACAAAACAACACUGAUGGUUAUAUAAAAAAAUUAGAACACAGUAAAAUAUAUUUUGCUUUUAAAAAAGCUUUUAUAAAGUCUAAAUACUGGGAAAUUUUACCAAAAAAUUUAUUAUAUUAUGACUUAAUGAUCAGAAAUCGUGAAAUUUCUGAAAAAGAAAUGAUGAGAAGUUCUCAGGAUAAACAAAAUCCAUUGUUAAUAAACGAACGGAAUAAAAAUGUUUUAGAUAUAAUUCGAUUUGCACCACUCGCCAUAUUUUGUCCUAAUAAUAGUCGUUUGACACUUUAUGAUGUAUUUAGAUACAUCAAAUAUAAUUUUUAUAGAAAAGAUAUAGAAGUAUUUCAUACACUUAUACUAACAGCAACAUUUCGUCCUAUUGCUGUACUUGUAAGACUCUUUAUCAGAAUUCUUAAUUCAUCAACAUACAUUUACGAUUUCUAUGAUAACCAAAAAGAAUCUUUAAAAUUCUAUACAAAUAUUAUUUCUGCUGGUAAAAGAAUAAUUGAAUGUUUUCAACAUUUUGUCAAUAUGAAUCUAUUUGGUGACAAUCCCACUGACGUUUUUUAUAAAUUUUUAAUUACAACUUCUCAAUCCUUAAAUUAUUUUAUUAAUAAAAAUAAAUCAAAUCUCACAUCAUUGACCACGGAACUAAUGCAUUCAUUAAAAAUAUUUUUGUAUUAUAACAAAAUUGACUUUAUUGAUUUAUCUGGGAUCACUACAAAAGACAUUAUCAAUAAUAUGUUUAAUGAAUUAGAAGUUGAACUGAAACAAGUAGAAGAAUUACUAACAAAGUUAGACCUUCAUAAGGAAAUGUUUAAAGUCAUUACAAAAACUUUUAAUAUUAAUCACAUAUUAGAUAAAAGUUACACGCAUGUUUUUAAUAAAUAUGUAUUACGUGAGUUAUGUAAUCCUGAAGAUAUUUACACAUUAUUAUAUAAAUUCAACGAUGAUUAUAACAAACAGAUUGGUGAAGUUGAGGAUAAAAGUUCACUUAUUGAUGAUGAAAAUAGAAACAAAAUUAUUAUGCAUCAAAAUCAUCCUGCAAAAAGUAUAAAUAAUAGUGAUAAAUACGAAUUAAAUAAUUGCAAUUUUUAUCCUAAAUACUUGAUAGAUUACAUAUUGUACAUAUAAAUUGUGUCAAAUUUUAAUAUUUCUGAAUAAAGUUUCCGAUUUCUAUUU